GAGCCCCGCGUCCGAAUCAGAAAACCACCAGCCCGGCUGUGAUUUGGAAGGAGGAUUCCUUCGGUCCCGCAGGAUGCGAUUCCCCUCCCGCACCCCCUCCCGCAGAUGGACGAGGUGAAACGCGUCGCUCGAGCAAGUGCUGUGGGUUUGCUGCUGGACUCUUCCCUCCCUUCCCCCACCCCAUCAGGAUGAUAUGAGACUUGAAAGAAGACGAUGCAUACAGGCUCAUGACACCUGAACCGAGAAUGGAGAGCAUCGUGAAUACAUGUACCUAUCAGGCUCCAGUGGCGAAGGGUUAAUCUCCCUUUCAGUUUAGGAGAUGGACUUAAAUCUAGGAGGAGAGACUUCAGCAUGCAAACCUUCAUCUGUUCGGCUUGCACCGUCGUUCUCAUUCCAUGCUGCCGGCCUUCAGAUGGCUGGACAGAUGCCCCAUUCACAUCAGCAGUACAGUGACCGUCGCCAGCCGAACAUCAAUGACCAACAGGUUUCUGCCUUAUCUUACACCGAUCAGAUUCAGCAACCUUUAACCAACCAGGUGAUGCCUGAUAUUGUCAUGUUACAGAGGCGGAUGCCCCAAACCUUCCGUGAUCCAGCUACUGCUCCCCUGAGGAAACUGUCUGUUGACUUGAUCAAAACAUACAAACAUAUUAAUGAGGUUUACUAUGCAAAAAAGAAACGACGGCACCAACAGGGUCAAGGAGAUGAUUCCAGUCAUAAGAAGGAGCGGAAGGUCUACAAUGAUGGCUAUGAUGAUGACAACUAUGACUAUAUUGUAAAAAAUGGGGAAAAGUGGAUGGAUCGUUAUGAAAUUGAUUCUUUAAUUGGCAAAGGUUCCUUUGGACAGGUGGUAAAAGCAUAUGAUCGUGUGGAACAGGAGUGGGUAGCCAUUAAAAUUAUAAAGAACAAGAAGGCUUUCUUAAAUCAAGCCCAGAUCGAAGUGCGGCUUCUUGAGCUGAUGAACAAACAUGACACUGAAAUGAAAUACUACAUAGUGCAUUUGAAACGCCACUUUAUGUUCCGAAACCAUCUCUGUUUAGUUUUUGAAAUGCUGUCCUACAACCUCUACGACUUGUUACGUAACACCAAUUUCCGAGGGGUCUCCUUGAACUUGACAAGAAAGUUUGCACAGCAGAUGUGCACUGCACUGCUUUUCCUUGCAACUCCAGAACUUAGUAUCAUUCACUGUGACCUAAAACCUGAGAAUAUCCUUCUCUGUAAUCCCAAACGCAGCGCAAUCAAGAUUGUUGACUUUGGAAGCUCUUGUCAGUUGGGACAGAGGAUAUACCAGUAUAUCCAGAGUCGCUUUUAUCGAUCACCAGAGGUGCUCUUGGGAAUGCCUUAUGAUCUUGCUAUUGACAUGUGGUCCCUUGGGUGUAUUUUAGUUGAAAUGCACACUGGAGAGCCUCUCUUCAGUGGAGCCAAUGAGGUGGAUCAAAUGAAUAAAAUAGUGGAAGUUCUGGGAAUAGCACCUGCUCACAUUCUUGACCAAGCACCAAAAGCAAGGAAGUUCUUUGAGAAGAUGCCGGAUGGCACUUGGAACUUAAAGAAGACCAAAGAUGGAAAAAGGGAGUAUAAACCGCCUGCGACCCGCAAACUUCAUAACAUCCUAGGAGUAGAAACAGGAGGGCCAGGUGGACGCCGUGCUGGGGAGUCGGGUCAUACUGUAGCUGACUACUUGAAGUUCAAAGACCUCAUCUUAAGGAUGCUUGACUAUGACCCUAAGACCCGAAUUCAACCUUACUAUGCCCUGCAGCACAGUUUUUUUAAGAAAACAGCCGAUGAAGGUACAAAUACAAGUAACAGCGUAUCCACAAGCCCUGCCAUGGAGCAGUCCCAGUCUUCAGGAACCACUUCUAGCACAUCCUCAAGUUCAGGUGGCUCUUCAGGGACGAGCAACAGCGGAAGGGCACGGUCCGACCCAACACAUCAGCAUCGGCAUAGUGGUGGGCACUUCACAGCAGCUGUCCAAGCUAUGGACUGUGAAACACACAGUCCGCAGGUGCGACAGCAAUUUCCUGCUCCCCUCGGAUGGACAGGAACCGAAGCUCCUACGCAAGUCACCGUUGAAACCCAUCCAGUUCAAGAAACGACCUUCCACGUAGCGCCUCAACAGAAUGCAUUGCAUCAUCACCAUGGCAACAGCUCCCAUCACCACCACCACCACCACCACCACCACCACCACCAUGGACAGCAAGCCUUGGGUAGCCGGACCCGGCCAAGAGUCUACAAUUCUCCUACAAACAGCUCCUCUACCCAGGAUUCUAUGGAGGUUGGCCAUAGUCACCACUCCAUGACAUCCCUGUCUUCCUCAACUACUUCUUCCUCUACAUCUUCCUCCUCUACUGGUAAUCAAGGCAAUCAGGCCUACCAAAACCGCCCAGUGGCUGCUAAUACCUUGGACUUUGGACAGAAUGGAGCUAUGGACGUUAAUUUAACAGUCUACUCCAAUCCACGCCAAGAGACUGGCAUAGCUGGACAUCCAACAUACCAAUUUUCCGCUAAUACAGGUCCUGCACAUUACAUGACUGAAGGACAUCUGGCAAUGAGGCAAGGAAUCGAUAGAGAAGAAUCUCCCAUGACAGGAGUUUGUGUUCAACAAAGUCCUGUGGCUAGCUCGUGACUAAAUUGAAACUUAAGUUUGUUUCUUGUGUGUUUUUAUAGAAGUGGUGUUUUUCCAAAAAAAAAAAAAACAAAGUGCAAAGCUGCUUGAAUCAGAAGGAGAUUAACACACUGAACCGCUACAAGAGGGCAAAGCUGACUAUUUUUUUAAACUUGAACAGAUUGCAAAGGGACAAUGAAGUUUUUUAAAAGAGCCAUGUCCAAACCCACCUUAACGGAUAGCUCAGAGGUAUUUGCCUCGUCUUUUGCCUCCCCCAUUUUAACUUGCCACAUCCCAAUCAUAGUUUUUUUUUUUUUGUCUUUCUAUUCAAGGUUAAUGUCCAGAUGUUGGUCUUAGUCAUUUGCCAACUAAUUUUAAAAUAAAAAGGCACUGCACAUAAUUUA